AUGGCUCGCCCUCACCAGCGUCUUGAACAUGAAGCCAUGCUGGACGAGCCCGAGCUUCGAGAGCUCUUCGUUGAGGGUAGAAACCUUCGCUCGGAGCUGACUAGCAUGAAAUCCAUCCGUGCCGAUAGGCAGGCCGCCAAGUGUAAUCCCGCCAGUGACGACCUCGAAGUGAAGAAGUUGAAUCUUGAGACGUUGAUGCCAGGAGGGGAUGUAAACUUUCGUAAACUUUUUUGGCAACAUCCUCAUCAUCACCGCGAGCGUGAAGGGGCAGGAGCGCUGACGCGGAAUAAGAAGAUCCGGCAUCCGGCCAAGAAGGACCCCUUGGAGGAUAUGUUUGCAGUAGAGCUUCAAAGCUGCAGGAUGACUAGAAAGGGGCUAGUGGUGUCGAGGAUGUCAGUCAAAUCCACCUGCAGUACUGCAAGCGCUUGCUGGGUCGCGGCGGAGGAGCAGGCUCAGACUCCUGAGACGAUUGGCCGGACUGCCGCUGCUCCCUCGGCCUGCGCGGUUGUGGUCGCUGCUGUGGUGGUUGCUGGUGUUGCUGCUGCUGCUGCUGCUGACGCGGACGCUGCUGCUGACGCUGGCGUUGCUGCUGCUGCUGCUGCUGCUGUUGCUGCUGCUGCUGACGCGGGUGCUGCGGCUGCGGCUGCUGCUGCUGCGGUUGCUGCUGGUGGCGGUGGUGUUGCGGCUGCGGCUGCGGCUGCGGCUGCGGCUGCGGCGGCUGCGGAUGUGGCUGCCGCCGCCGUUGCUGUUUCUGCCGUUGCCGCCGCGGGGCGGUUGCAGCUGCUCGGACUCCUGCAGCUGCUGCUGUGGGAGGGACGAGGGCUGCAGGUGCCGAGGCAGAUAGCGCUUGAAAAGAGCUUUCCAUUCACCCUUCAAGAAACGUCGGCACUGGCGCUUGAUAAGCGCGUCCUUGGUAGGACCAUUGGCAGCCUUGGGUACGGGAAGCAGAUCAUAUCGAUCGAUGAAUUGCAGCAAAGACACAAGACAAGUCAGCCAAAGCUCUGCAGUCUCACCAAAGAGAGGAAGACUCGGAGGUUGGACAUCAACCACUGCAAGCCCUCCGGCCAAUCUGAGGUGGCCAUAGGGCCCCCGAAGAGGGACGGCGGAGAGUCAGCGCCUGCAGCUGGAGACUGA